CACGCAGCCUCUUUCCCCGGCCACAAAACAACCGUGAGUGUCUAACUCACUGUUCUUGAAAAACUUAAAAUAAAAAUAAUAUAAAAAAUAUAAAAUCCAUAAAAUCUUCAUAAAAACAAGUACCGUAAUACUUAAAGAAAUACAAACGUUUUUAAAAAAAUCGCAAAACAUUAAUUAAAAAAAUAUUAUAAACAGGAGGCCUCGGGCUUAACCCGAAGUUGGCGUCUUUAAAGGAAGAAAUCUACUUAAGAAGAUUUUUUUUUUUGGCAUUUUUCUCAAACGGCUGGUUCAGAGAGCCAGCUGCCCACAGACCGCGUCUCUAUCCGACCAGAACUGAAGCGCAGUCUGGACUCGAAAUACAGUCCAUAUCGGCAUUUCUCUGGCUUUUUGAUUUCUUUUUGUUUUUGUUCAUUUUUUCUUGAGGGAAGCUUUGCGUACAUUUAUUUUGUCAAGUCCGAGAUAUGAACACAGCGACGGGGAGUUAUCCGAUGGCUUCUCUCUAUGUUGGCGACCUGCACCCCGAUAUCACGGAGGCUAUGCUGUAUGAGAAAUUCAGCCCAGCCGGACCGGUGCUCUCCAUUCGGGUAUGCCGAGACAUGAUCACCCGGCGCUCCCUGGGAUACGCUUAUGUCAACUUCUCCCAACCUGCUGACGCCGAGAGAGCCCUGGACACCAUGAACUUUGAUGUGGUGAAAGGGAAGCCCAUCAGAAUCAUGUGGUCCCAAAGAGACCCGUCCCUCAGGAAGUCUGGAGUGGGCAACGUGUUCAUCAAGAACCUUGACAAAUCCAUUGACAACAAAGCCCUGUACGACACCUUCUCUGCCUUUGGCAACAUCCUCUCCUGCAAGGUGGUGUGUGACGAAAAUGGCUCCAAGGGCUACGCUUUUGUCCAUUUCGAGACGCAGGAUGCUGCUGAUCGUGCCAUUGAGAAGAUGAACGGCAUGCUUCUGAAUGACCGCAAGGUGUUUGUGGGUCGUUUCAAAUCUCGCAAGGAACGGGAGGCUGAACUCGGCGCCAAAGCCAAAGAGUUUACCAAUGUCUACAUUAAGAACUUUGGGGAUGAUAUGGACGACGAUCGGCUGAAGGAGCUUUUUGACAAAUAUGGUAAAACACUCAGCGUGAAAGUGAUGACAGACCCCACUGGCAAAUCCAGAGGCUUCGGAUUUGUUAGUUACGAGAAGCAUGAGGACGCUAACAAGGCUGUAGAGGACAUGAAUGGCACUGAACUCAACGGCAAGACUGUGUUUGUGGGCCGGGCGCAGAAGAAGAUGGAGCGACAGGCAGAGCUGAAGAGGAAGUUUGAGCUGCUUAAACAAGAAAGGAUCAGUCGUUAUCAGGGUGUAAACCUUUACAUUAAGAACCUGGAUGACACCAUAGAUGAUGAGAAACUGCGUAAGGAGUUCUCUCCUUUUGGAUCCAUUACAAGUGCUAAGGUGAUGCUUGAGGAAGGUCGCUCCAAAGGCUUUGGCUUUGUCUGCUUCUCCUCCCCUGAAGAGGCCACCAAGGCUGUGACUGAGAUGAACGGACGCAUCGUCGGCUCCAAACCCCUCUACGUGGCUCUCGCUCAGCGCAAAGAGGAGCGCAAGGCCCACCUCACCAACCAGUACAUGCAGCGUAUCGCUGGCAUGAGGGCCAUGCCCGCUAAUGCCAUCAUUAAUCAGUUCCAGCCCACCAGCGGCUACUUCAUGCCAGCUGUGCCACAGGCCCAGAACAGGACUACAUACUAUGCACCAAAUCAGCUGGCCCAAAUGCGACCCAACCCCCGGUGGCAGCAACAAGGUGGUAGAGGUCAAGGCGGUUUCCAGGGGAUACCCAGCUCUCUGCGUCAGCCAGGACCACGUGCCAACAUGAGACACAUGACUCCCACUAGCAGCACGCAGGGCCCACGAGCUACUGGCCAGGCCAUGGCUCCUCGUCCCUCAAUGGGAGUCCCAGGCCCCCGAGCCAUGCCUCCUUACAAAUAUGCCACCGGGGUCCGUAACCCCAACCCCCAGGUGGUACAACCGAUUGCCUUACAGCAGGCCCAGCCAGCAGUGCAUGUUCAGGGCCAGGAGCCUCUGACAGCCUCCAUGCUGGCUGCAGCGCCCCCUCAGGAGCAGAAACAGAUGCUGGGGGAGCGUCUUUUCCCACUGAUUCAGGCCAUGCAUGCCAACCUGGCAGGAAAGAUCACUGGCAUGCUGCUGGAGAUUGACAACUCCGAACUGCUCCAUAUGCUGGAGUCUCAUGAAUCUCUGCGUUCAAAGGUGGAAGAGGCCGUCGCCGUGCUGCAGGCCCAUCAGGCAAAGAAAGAUGCCACCCAAAAAGUGGGCAGCAUGGCUACUACUGCUGCCGCUGCCACAUCCUGAAGAACGUGUGCUGCACUAUAUUGGGCACAGAAAAGUGAGCAGAGAUGGGAAGAGACACACUACACUGACUCCAAACACCUGAGUCCACUGAACAAUUAUGCAAAAAUAAAAACUAAAAAAAAAAAAAAAAAAAAAAAAAAAAAGGAAAUGUAAUUUUAAAAUAUACUUGAACAUUUUGAAAAUUAUUACAGUUCCUAAUUUUCUAGCUCUGUAAUACUUUUAAACUGCAUACCAAAAGCAAUAAUGCAAAUGAGUCUUGAAUGAAGAGCCUUCAUUUUGUGGCGAAGGAGAGAAACCUUUUUCUAGAAGGAAAAAUGAGCCUUGUUCUUUUUCUUUGCUUGACAUUUUUAUGCUUGAUUUGAAAUGAUGGACUCCUCCAUCCUAUCAUGUUAUCAUGGGUGUGUGGUAUUCUCAAUAAAGGGAUGACAUAUCAA